AUCUCCCUUCUGCCUUUGUGCAGUUCAGGAGCCAGAGAAGCAGUGACCGGGCCAGGAUGCUGCCGCUGGUAUGGGGGUUAUGGUGCCUGAUGCCUCUGAUGCAGGGAGGGAUUGCAUCUGCUGCCUUCCUGCCCUUCAGUGCUGAGGGAAUAUUCCGGGCUUUCAGCAACCUCAUGGAGCAAAACCAGGAAGCCCUGGCCAAUGAGCAGUUUGACAGUACGGUGGACAUCAGCAAGCUGCCCCCCAACUAUCACAACGAGGAGGAAAAGCAGCGGAAAAUGGGGAAUGCCACUCUGUAUAGCCGUCAUGUAAUCAACAAGGUGACUGACAACCAUACAGGCGAGAUGAUCUUUUCAGAGAAAACGGUGACUUCUAUUGAACAGGGAGAUACCCCUCCAGAGGAGGAGAAGCAGGUGUGUGCAAAUGACAAUGAUUGUCAAAAAGACCAGUUCUGUUUCCGGUCACUGCUUAUAUCCCAGUGUCAGCAGUGCAAAGUCAAGGAUAUGACUUGCCAAAAGGAUGGAGAAUGCUGCUUGGGUUACCUGUGUGUAUGGGGCAAGUGUGCAGAAGGUGUGAGCCGAGGAGAGAGUGGGACGAGAUGUGACCCAAGGCGAGAAGAGUGUGCUCCGGAGUUGUGCUGUGCCACCAGCAGCUCUUUCUCAUUUCCAGUCUGUGCACCCUAUCCAAAAGAAGGAGAAGCAUGCCAGACACCAAGUACUACCUUCCUUGGAUUAAUGGGUUGGGGUAACCAGGCAGUAUUUACCAAAUCUGGGAAGUAUUGCCCUUGUGCCCAGGGCUUGCAGUGUAGAAGUAAAAGAUAUGCAAUUUCCACAUGUGAAAAGCCAGAGGACAGUGUGGACCUCAACAGCCUUGGCGAACAGUUGCCUGUCUUCCAGCCUAUCCUGAUAAACCAGGAUAAAGACGAGGUUUACCACGACGACUUGAGGCAAGAUGGCCAACUGGCAAUAGCCAGCCUGCCCAGAGGCCUCUACUAUAUAGAAGAUGCUGGGCUGAGUGAAGACUACGAAGAGAAGAGACUGUCUCCAUGGGAAGAGGAUAGGGAUGAUCCCAACCAAUCAGAUUUCCAGGAACUCGAGCAACUGGCUAACCAAAUGAAACAGUACUUUGGACCUGGCUUUUACUGAUUUCCACGGGUUUUGCCUGAGACUUUCAUAGCUUGCUGCUUCUCCUUGUCAUCCUCAUCUUUCCCCUUUCCCUCUUUUGCCUGUUCCCUCUUAUCCCACUGACUUCUAUAUUCUGCAUGACAAACAUUUGUUUUUGUUAAUAAAAGCAUUCACAUGACAA